AUACCAUCUUUUAACAAAAUAUUUCUUUUAUAUCUUUUAUAAAAAUUGACGACAGUGAGUAAAUUUUAUAAAAUAUUUAGCAAAGAUGGCGGAAGGCAAGUUUGUCUGGUCAAUUACUGCUACAAAAUUAUUAAUUUCUGAAUAUGAGGCAUUUGAAUUGUUAUACGACAGUAAAAAUAUUAAUUAUAAAAACAGAAAUAAAAGAUUGGAUGCCUAUAGAUCAAUAGCUGAAACAACACUGUCAGUGAGGGUUGCACUGUAGAAGAUGUUAAAAAGAAAUUAAAUGGUUUAAGAAGUCAAUAUUUGGCCGAAAAAAUGAAGGUCCUGCGUAGCAAAAAAAGCGGAGCGAGAAGUGACGACCUGUACAAACCAACAGUAUACUGGUUUCCUCUGCUGACAUUUUUAGAUAAAUCUACAGAUCCAGACCAAUCCCAG